UGGCGCGCGAGUCCGCUGCGUCUGUAUGGAGGGGGUAAAUCCGGCAUAGCAUCGCCCGGCUUGGGCGUCUGUAUGACGAAAGAAACGCAGUACUGUUGAAGUGCCUGUGGCAAGAGUGUCGCGAACGGGAAGAGGGUGGUGUGAUUAACAAUGCCGGUGGUGCUGCUGGACCGCUUACCGCUGCCAAGUUUGCGAGCUUACACUUUUAUUAGCUUAUUACUUGUGUCGUGUUCCGUGUAUUAUGCUGUGCAAGUUACAUCUGAUCCCAAGUGGAGAGCAAAUGCGACGCUGGCAAGUGAAGGGACUGGUGAAACACCCAGUGACACCGUGGAAAGAACUGUGGAGGAACCUAACUUGACCUUAUUCCAGUACCUGACGCAGUUGGUGGUGUUUAUGGUGCAAGAGCCACUUUGCAUAUGGACGCUGAUAAACAUGGCGUACUGCGUGCUGAUCCUAGUGGGCAAGGUGAUCCAGAGGCUGGUGUUCGGCGAACUCCGCGUCUCCGAGCAGCAGCACAUCAAGGACAAGUUCUGGAAUUUUGUCUUCUACAAGUUCAUAUUCGUCUUCGGCGUCAUCAACGUGCAGUAUAUGGAUGAAGUGGUGCUCUGGUGCGCCUGGUUUUCCGUCCUCGGUUUCCUGCACUUGCUCGCGCAGCUUUGCAAGGACCGCUUCGAAUACCUCUCAUUUUCACCAACUACACCAACAUGGAGCCACUUCCGCUUGCUGGCGCUUUUGCUUGGCAUCUUGAUGCUGUCUGGUGUCCUGUUCAUAGUCUGCAUACUUGUUGGCUUUUUUGGCAGUGGUCUCAACACCUUUGCGUUCAUGGUUGCAGAGUGCAUACAACUGACAGUUCAGACACUGCACACAGUGCUGCGGUACUGCCUGCACUUGUACGACCUCCGGGGGAGUGGAGCUGGUACAGGUGGUAGCGGCUCUGCAGAAGGCUUUGGAGAGGCAAGAGUGUGGGAACGGCGUGGCCCUGCUGCUUACUAUGCGCAGCUCAUAUUUGAACUGGCAGCACUUGUCGUAGACUUGUUACACCAUCUGCACAUGUUGCUCUGGUCAAAUAUUUUCCUUUCAAUGGCAUCACUUGUCAUCUGUAUGCAGCUGCGUUACCUCGGCCAUGAAAUCCAACGAAGACUCAAGAGACAUCGAAACUACCUGUGGGUGCUUAGACACAUGCAGCAGAACUAUCCUAUGGCAACACCAGAAGAGCUUGCCGAAAAUUCUGACAACUGUGCAAUCUGCUGGGAGAAGAUGGAAUCUGCAAGGCGUCUGCCGUGUUCUCAUCUCUUUCACAAUUCUUGUUUGCAGUCGUGGCUGGAGCAAGAUACUUCAUGUCCAACAUGCAGACUGGCUUUGAGCAUACAGGGUCCAUCUGAUGGCGGUAGUCGCAACCAGAUGGAACUUGUUCCUCCUGAUAACACUCCUGCCACAAGGAGACAGCCAAACAACCACUUCUUCCACUUUGAUGGUUCACGAUAUGUAUCGUGGCUGCCUAGCUUUUCGGUUGAAGUGACACAUACCAUAUUGAUGAGGCCUGAUCAGAGGCCACUCCCUGCUCAGACAUCACAGUUAGAUUCUAUGGCAUUGCAGGUACAACAGCUAUUUCCAAACAUGCCACUCCCAACAAUUGUGGAGGACUUGCAGGUUACUCGGUCUGUUGAACUGACAGUUGAAAAUAUCCUUGAUGGGAGGCUUGUGGCACCAUUGCAGCCGGCAGCAUCACAAACACCUGCUAUUGAGCCUUCCCCACCAGUCUCUGCUCCACUGCAUCAUACGUUUAGGGAGGACGAUGAUCAUCCUCAUAGGUGGCUGUGUGGCAGUAGUGGUAUGCCGGACAUAGCACUCUCAGGGGGCCGCUUCUCAAAAUCUCCAACUGAGCGGGAGCGAAUUUUACGUCUACGCAAGGAACAAUUACUGAACACUGCGCGCCGUCGUUACAUAGAGAGGCGAGGAGGAUCGAGUGCGUCGCACAGCGCUGGCUCCAGUGGUAGCACCUGACGGGUAUUCGGAGCCACGGGGGUCGGUGCACGGGCCACUGUCCCGGGUGUCUCAAAUGCUCGACUGCUGAGAGCAAGGGCUGGGCUCGUGGCAGCAGAGCGUAUGCGGCACACCUUCUCCUGCAGGCUCUCUGUUAUGACCCCACCUCCGCCCUAGGUAGUCGUGUACUUCAUGCACUGAAAAGGAACUGAUGGACUUGGUUAGAAAAUGGAAAGUGGCCACUCACAUUUACAGUGACUGGUUACUCAUUUUAAAAAUGAACUAACUUUCUAAAAUGUAAAAUUUCAUGUGGUGCUUCUUUUAAAUGCAGCAGAUUUUUCAACAAGUAAAAAAAUUUCUUUAUUAGCAGUAGUUAUGAGGGGAUGUAUUGAACUGCAUAAUAAUGCUUGUACAGAAUUAAACUUUGAAUUCAUUUCUUGUGGUUCUUAGACUACAAUACUUGUUGGAUGAGAAUUAGUUUAAAGUUGACAUAGAGGAUUUGUUGUAACAUAAAAUUAUUAGAAUUGUUUCUCUGAACUAGUUGUAAUAAUUAUAUUGAGAACAGUGAACUCGUAUUUCUGCAGAAGUUAUUCCAUAUCACAGUUAUCUAUUCCGUCUUCAUUGAGAAAAAGUAUAUUACCUAUUUCAGGUAAUAAAUUACUUGUAGAAUUGCAUGACAAUAUUCUACAGUUUUUCUCCACCACAGGUUGUUGGUUGAGAACAGUGAUGUUUGAUUCCUCAGCAAAACCUGAACUUAAAGCUGUGGGGAAAGAUUGAAUGCAUGUUUAAAAUGAAGGCUGCAUUUAAAGGACUGUGUGAAUGUGAGUGACCAUUUUCAGUAGGUUGCUGAUGCUUGAUAUCAUACCACUGAGACACAUGUUCCAUUAUUUUGUUGUAUCUUAUUGUCCAAUUACAGAGGUCAGUUUGCAUCAGUUUAUUGUA